AUGAAACAAGUAGCUCUUUUCUCCUUCUCACUCUUCCUACUCUUUUCUUCCACCACCUUGGCCAUUUCACCUGCUCCUGCUGCAGCCCCAAAAGCCCCCAAAAAAACUCCCCCUACCCCAAAGGCCACAGCACCAUCUCCAAAACCAUUAGUUCCAACAUUACCUCAAUCUCCAGACUCCUCUGAUUCUGUCCCAGAUGACAUCACCAGAAUCCUCAAAAAGGCCAGAAUAUUCUCAGUCCUAAUUCGCCUCCUUAAAACCACCGAAAUUAUGAACAACAUCAACUCACAACUCAUAACAGCCAAGAGUGGUGGCUUAACCAUCCUUGCCCCAGAUGAUGCUGCAUUUUCAAGCCUUAAAGCAGGGUUCCUCAACUCCUUAAACGAAGGUCAAAAGAUAGAGCUAUUACAAUUCCACAUUCUACCCGAGUAUGUAUCAAGCACAAACUUUGAUUCUCUGAGCAACCCUGUUCAAACAGUGGCUGGUAAAGACCCGACAAGGUUGCCACUGAAUGUGAAUGCAUUAGGUAACAGUGUGAACAUUUCAACUGGGGUGGUCAAUGCCACCAUUGUAGGGGUUGUUUACUCGGAUAACAAGCUUGCCAUUUAUCGUUUGGACAAGGUGCUUCUACCCCUCGAUUUUUUUGUAACAAAGGCUCCAGCUUUGGCUCCAUCUCUUGCAAAGGCUCCAAAAGCUGCUAAGGAGAACUCAUCAGCAGAAGAUCAAGAUGAAACAAACCAGGACCAGGAUAAAUCUGGAGCAGUGAGUUUGAUUAACAUUCGUGGAACAACGUUGAUGUCACUUGGGAUGGUUUUAGUUGUUGUAGCAAUGAUGUGGACUUGA